AAGGAGAGAACGUUAUAUGCUUUACAAAUGUAAUUUUAUUCAACUGUCAAUCUCCGAUUUUACAGUAUUAAUGUUUGGACCAUACCUAUUGCCAUCGUCUAUGAAAUAUACAGAAUAUUUCAUAAUUAUAUUUAAAGUAUAAAAUUCUGAGUAAUUGUCAUACCUACUUAUGUCAUGAAAAAGGAUGUUGUUUGCUUAUGAGCAGUUCUGUGUUAAUACCCUCAUAGAGUCUUAAGGAGAAAAAUCAAUAUGGGUGACACUAAUCAUGCAUGCCGGGGGUUUGAAACCCCCAGCCUUGGGGGUGAUCUAUGGCCAAUGGGUUUUGAUGUUGAUCUGGCUCUUGAGACUCCUGGAACUCGGAAAGACCCAGGGAGCGGCCUGAAUUCUGGACUGGUUAAUGUAAGUUUAAAUUCUUUGCAUUCACAUAAUGGUAAUUCUGCCACUGGUGGUUAUAAUGAUAUUCAUCACUUGACUGGGCUUUCAUCAAUAUUACAAAGAUCAGAUGAUUUACACACUGGAGACAUAUGUCAGAUGACAGAUCUAACAAACUCUCUACCUAAAGGAGAUAGUGAGUCUGCUCAGAGUCUUUUAGCAAAGUUAGCAUGCCAUGAUCUUGGACCUGACUUAACAGCAAGUGUAGAUGCAAAUCACAAGGCAAUUGAAACAGCCUUAUUUGAUCCAAAUACUGCUGCAUUAUCCCAUGCUGGUGGAAAUGGUGUCCCAAAUGUGCUGUCACACAAAAAUUCUCUUGAAACAGCAGAUGUGUAUGGUAGAAUGACUUGCUAUGGAGGUAAACUUAUACUGCAACUGAGACAUUUCAAUUUAAAUACAAAUUACACUUUAAAUGUUACCGAGUGUUGGCUUUGUGGUGACAAAGUAAAUUCGGGUCCACAGUUAUGCCCCCACAAGCAUUCACUGAAUGGACUUUUCCAGGUGAAUGAUGAGUAUGUUCAAUUGGAAAUUGAACAUUACAUUAUACCUGAACAUGCACUUGACACUCCAGACAGCCAAGAUAUGACUGACAAUAUUCUCCAGCAUUCAGAUACAUCAGGGUUACAUCAGGAUAUGGGUACAACUAGAGACUUAGAUAUCCCAGAAAGCCUGCCAGGAAAUGGAGAUGCUUUGGGUUUAGAUAGUGGGACUGGAGUGAGCAUUGGUGGAAGUAGUGCCACGUUGCACUACACUGGUGCCCCUGAUAAUGGGUUGAUGCCUUCUCUCAGUGUAGCACCUAAUCUUUUGAGUCAUGCUAUGGGUAACCAACCCUGUCUGAAUCAGUCCUUUGGACAGUUACCUUUACCCUCAAUGUCAGUUGCUAAUAAUUCUGUGGACAUGAAUUCCAACAUUCCUGAUAUGGUAAAAAAUGAGAGUAUAGCCACAUCUGCUCAGCCUUUAUGUUCUAUCAGUGGUCCAGUUAUUGGUGCAUCGGUCAGCACUUCAGUCAUGGGUUGUUCAUCAAAUACACCUGUAAUUGGUUUAACACAUUCAGAGGAAGUUUCCUCUAGUCCAGUAAUGCCAGCUCCUGUCCAGAGGAAACUACCUAUGCAUAGUAAUCAGAUGUCUCUUGUGAACAGUUAUGCUGUUGACAAUGUACUUACAAACUUUAAUGUAGACGAACAGCUAAACAAUGCUCCAAUGCCCAGUCACUCUGUUUUACGUGAUGUCAGUGCACAAAACAAAAGUACGUUACCUUACCAUUUGCCUUUUUCUGACAAUGAUUACUCCUGUCCUCCAGAAAAUGUUAGUAAUAUACCAGAAAAACAACUUAGCAACCCUUGCUUGACUCCUUUAGAUUCAGUCUCUCUGAACUUAGAAUCUCAAACACAGCAGACUGACGGUACUGCAAAGAAGCAAGGGGUUGGUUCAAAAAAGAGAAAGGGCAGGGUUCAGAGGAAACCAAGUGUAUAUCAGGAUGCUAGUAACAGGAUGGAUUUACCGGAAACUGUUCCUACAAAAAUCUUGACUGAUGAUUCCCCUCAAAAAUCUUCAGGCAGUACUGUGAAAACUGAACGCUUAGGAGGCAAUCCUACCGAGUGUCGCCAGAUAACUCGAUCUGAUGCUAGUUUUGAGGACUGGAUCAGACGGAAUUUGCCAGAAGAUGAUCUUAUUGUGUCUGAAAAUCCUCUGAAAAGCUCUAGUGAAAUUGCUGUGAAGUUAGAAACGACAGAAACAAAUAUUGAAUCUUCUAAAAAAGAGAAAGAAAUUACAGAGAAGUCCCCCAAAUCCAGAGAGCCAGAUCAAACUUCCCGUUUAGCAGACCAUAUGUUGAGAAGAGGUAUAGAUCUUGUAUGUCGAGUAUGCCAAAAAGACUUUGGUAAAAACAUAAAAGUUUAUAAAGACCAUAUGAAGGAUCAUGGCAUAAAGGAAACCGAGUUGUUUGCUUGCUGUUUUUGUACAAAAAUGUUUUCAAAAUGGAAACAUUACACUCAGCAUCUUCGAACUCAUGUCAAGAAUCACAGGUUUUCUUGUAGGUUGUGUACUGCAAGUUACUCAAGGUAUGCCAAAUUACAAAGGCAUAUGUUAACCCAUGGUCAAGAAGCCCCAAAGAACUUUGAAUGUGAAAAGUGCUCAAAAUCUUUCACUACAAAAUAUUACUUGAUUUCUCACCUUUCAUCACAUCGUGAAAAAAAGUUCAAGUGUGACACUUGUGGAUUCUUGUGUUCAAACUUGUAUAAUUUAGAUGUUCAUAAGAAGAGCCAUUUGUUAGAUAAACCAUUCAAGUGUAAAAUUUGUGAAAAAACAUUUCUUAGAAAAGAUUUUCUGAAAAAUCACAUGGACAACAUACAUGAAAAUAAAAAGCUAACAUGUGAAAUUUGUGGUAAACUCUUCUCUCGCCGGGAUGUAUUAAAGAGACACAUAGCUGUGCACAAUAAUGAAAAGCAUGAAUGUGAAAUAUGUUCCAAGAAAUUUACCAGAAAACAUAUAUUACUGACUCAUUUGAAAUCACACAAAAAUGCUGCUUCCUAUAAAUGUUCUUUGUGCCCAGCAUCAUUUGUCAAAAAAUAUGUUUUAGACAAGCAUGAGAAAAUUCAUAAAGUGAAAGAGCAAUGCAAAAUUUGUUAUACUUUCUUGCCAUCUAAGCUGAGUCUGUUAAAUCACAUGAAACUUCAUUCCCCCGAGAAUUCAAAGGAUGAAAAUAAUCGUAUGCAUAAGUGUGAGAUCUGUAACAAAUUUUUAACUACAAAGGAUAUUUUGAGAAAGCACAUGCGUAAAAUACACGGUAAACUUCCCAAACCAGUGAAACAAAUAAAACCUAUUGAGAGGGAGAAGCGUUUCUUUUGCCAAUGGUGUUCUAAGGGAUUUACACGUAGUUGUAAUCUUAAUUCCCAUCUUUUGAAAGCACACAGUAAGGAUACUGAAGAUGAGUUUGAAGAUGAUCUCUCUUCAGUACUGAAAUCAAAAUUAGAAAGCAAUAGUGUAGAAAAAACUACAAUUUCUAGUUCUUCAACAUCAUCUACAAGUACUUUAUCAUACCAGUCGGCAGCAUCGUCAUCAACUGCCGUAACAUCAGCCAGCGGAGGAGUUACUGGUGCCUCUCAGAAUCCAAAUUUUCUGGUUGUUGGUCCUUUUACCGGUGGCUUACCUUCAGCUUCACCAUCUUCUUCUCCUCCUCACCCUUCACCUGCACUUCCAGUAUCAUCUCAUUUUCCUUCUUCUGGACCACCUGACUCUCCCAUUAAUUUGUCAACAGAUGCUAUUACUGCGGCAGCUUAUCUUCUAGCAUACCUGUCAUAUCCAGGUCCUUAUUAGAUUUAUAAGUUUUAUAUGGACAGGAAAAAUGUAGGUUUCAAAGAAAGAAACAAGGUGGUACUUUGUACAAAGAUGAUAUUGUACAAUUAUACCUUAAGUGAAUUAUCUAUAAAUACUAGCCUUGUGUAGUUAUUCUAUUCUAUUUAGUUUGAUUCAUGAUUGUAAAGUAUAUUGUAUUAUGGUUUUUAACAUUUAUUCUGUUACAUAUAUACUUUCCUUAAUUUUUAUACAUUAUGUAGAUAGUAUCGUAGGGAACUUACAAAUUGUGCGUUAUUUCCAAAAUGUGUUUUUAGUUUUGCGACAUAGAUUAAGAGAAUGAACUCCUACCUCUGCAUAAAAUAACAAAUUAUUAUUUUUCAUUUCUAAACUCUCCCAACAGAUGGUUUAUACAGCUCUCUUGGUUUGUUUAGCCAUGCUAUUUAAAUUGUCACUUUUGUUGACUGAAGCAUAUUCUCUUAGUUUGUGUGAAAAUUGGUGAAGGUACUUUGUGAUGGACCAUAAAUUUGACAACCCCUUGUGGAUUUAUAAUGCAUAUAACAACUAGAUUCAAUUUUAGAUAUCCCAACUUUCAUUUCAGUUAAUUAUAUCAAUCAGUAACCCCCUCUGGAAUAAAAAAGAUAUAUUUAUGUGAAUGAAUUUGUAUUUUAUAUUGCCACAAACUUAUGCCAUGCUGAACAUAUUUGUAACUGUACUAUAAUGAAGUCAUAAGCCAACCUAAAAUUUCUAGGCUUAAUCUAUAAAGUACACUUCAGUUGGAAAGCUCACAAAUGGAUGGUUUCCUUGUUUGUGUCAACUGGGAAAUAAUGGUGAAUUGUUAUUUGCAAAACAUCCCUGUGAUCAGACAACUUUUUGGUAAUUGGGUCAUGUACAUUAACUUUACUUCCCUCUAAAUAGUUACUGUCUCCCUGUUUAAGAUUGUUUUUACUGCUUUCAACAUGUAUAGAUUUACUUAGAGAAUUUUUAAUGCUUUCAAUGUGCGUAGAUUUGCUUAAGAGUUUCAGUUGCAUGUUCUGAGUUAUUGACCAUAAAUUGAAUAUAUGUAUAGUGUUUAAGGCAAAGUUGGUAACUCCUAUUAUCUGUUAUUAAUAAUAAUGGGACAGAUGCCUUAUACAUGAACAUCAGAGUUGGUCUGUUAGCUUCUGACAUUCCAUGAGAUUCUUUAAAAUCGAUUGUAAGGCAUUUUUGUUUGAUUUUACAUAGGCAUCAUGUGGGAGGUGAGAUCCUGAUAAAGGGCAGUUAUAUUAUUGUAAUGCAAAAGAAGGGUUUCUUUAAAAAAAAUGCUGAAUCAGUAAGAUAUAGUUUUUAUAUGUAUUUUAGAUGUAAUGAAAAGCAAAAUUCUGUUUUCAGUCCAUUUUUUUUACAGGAAUUUUCAGUAAAUUGUCGAUAAAUUGUUGUGUGUGUGGUAGAUAUUAGUAAUGAUAAAAUGGUUUAUAUGGUGCCCUUCACACCAAUAUUGCAUCAUUAGGUUGUCCUGUUAAGUAGACUGAAAAUUCAGCAUUGUGUAUUUCAUGUCAAGAUGAUUAAGUUACUGAUAUUCAUUUAUCUUAAGAAUAUCAGAUUUUAAUGGUUUCUUAGAUGCAGUGCUAUUAUCUUUACAAGGGCCAAAAAAUAUAGCAUUUGUAUGUGAUAUUGGACUAAGGUUCCGCAUCAUCUAACAAUUGCCAAUGUGCUUAUUGAUUUAUAUUUUUUAAUAUUGCCAUAAUGCUUUUGUAAUAUAUAUGUUACUUUAUAUCCAUACAUGAAAUAGUUUUUGCUGUGGUUUCUCAUUAAAGAACAUCAGCCUCUACACAGAAAGGCAGACAGCCUUAAACCAAAUAAAUAACUACUGCAUAAUUAAGUCACUUGAGGUGCAUAUGGUUAGUAUCAGUUUUGUUAAUAGUAUCAUCAAGGCCAAAUCAUUAAUAAAGAUGAUUUUUGUCAAGUACUUUGUAGUUUGUGUCAAAUAUUAUUUACUGUAAUGUACUUAUGCUUCAGAAAUAAUAAUGGUACAUACAUAUUGUAUACUAUGAAUUAUUAUGCAUUAUAUGCAUUAUUUAGUUUAAAGAUUAGUAUUAGUUUCCAUAAUCAAGUGCAAUAUAGUACAUUAAAAAAGUUGUAAAAAACAAAUUUCCCUUAUCUCACCUAAUUGUUUAAUGUGGCUAGUCUAAUGAUAGUUUUAUGUUAUUGCAGCUUGUAACUGGAAGAUCUGAGUUAUGCGAACUAUUAAGAAUAUACUGCAUGUAGGUCCUGUCAUUCCAUAAAAAUCUCAUGAGGAAUAAUGACCUUUAUUAAUCAUUUUAAGAUGUUGAUAAGAGAACAUUUAGCUGACCAUAUUGUGAAGUCUUGUGUCUGAUGUACAUGCUUUUGUAUUUAAUGGUUUUAGUUUUGUAAGCUUCUUUUAUUGUACAGCAAAAUUGCAAACACAGUUCAAGAACACUCAUUUGUUACUUUCUACAGCAGUUUAUUGAACAAUGGACUCUAACCGGAUUGAAUGCAUAUGCAAAUUUCAGGCUCUAGUUACUGAUACUGCUGCGUACAAUUAAGGUUGCAUAUGCUAUACCAUAAAUGUUUCUGACCAAGAAGGGAACAUUUUUCUAAACAAAUGCAGACUUCAUUGUUUUUACCUGUGGUUUAACCAGACAAAGGUAGAUAAGACUUUAAAUCUUAUCUGUUGCCAGCCAGGAAAAAGUAGUGGUUACCAGAUGAGUCACAGAUGCCCCUCAAAGUGGCAUGCAGGUCACUUGGUGGAUCAUAAUUUUACUGUCCCAGUGCAAGUGUCUUCAAGUGUUACUAUUGCUAGCACCAGUCAUCCUAAUAAAACUGACAAGGAAUCAUAGUGAUUGCCAGCCCAGAAUGCUCCGAUACAUUAUUAGUUAAAUGAUAAACAACUAAAAAGGUUCCAUGUUAAGAAUACUGGACAUGGAAGACCACCCAUAUUUACAUUAGGCAUAAAGACUUAAAUCCCAAGAUCAAAAAGUAAUUCAUAAGUUUUGAGGCAGCAUCAGAAAAGGAGGCUAUUGGAAAGUUGUGGCCAGAUCACAUUAGUUCCAUGUACUUAUUAACUAAAUAACCUUACAAGCAACAGACAAAUCUCAUUUCAUUGAUCAUAUCACAAUAAAUGAUGUCAGUGAUACCUUGCUGAAAUUACUUUAUGAAUUUAAUAGCUGUUGUUUAUGCAGUACAGUAGUUUUCAUAUUUAUUCUGAGUCACCUGGAUUAAUUGAUCCUUAUAGUGGUACUUUUCUGGAAUAUACAGCUAGCUACUGAAGUAUUAGUUGAAUUCGGUGGUUAGUCAUUUUGAUAUGAUAUUGUUGCUGUCAUAAGCCUUAUCAGAUUUAAGUCUUGAGGAUGCACCAUACAAGCUUUUAUGCAUUUACUGUAGUUAAAUAUACCAGUCCUAACAAGUCCAGCAACUUGUCUUUCUGGCUGAAGUCAGCUAUAUUUUGUGACUGGUGUCAGCAGGAUGCUUCUCUACCUGUGAUCCAUGUUCCCCCAAUCCUUGUUGUCAUCUUUUUGUCCUUUAGAGAAAAAAUGCUUUGCCAUUGUAGUAGUAGAAAUAGGCAAUAUCUUAAAUCAUGAUAUUUUUUCAUUAGAUUCAUUUUUAUCUUUUAACAUCAAAAACUAAGUUUCAUAACAGACCAUGAAGUAACUUAUAGAUCUGGGCUUUGGCCAUGAAUACCAUACAUCUAUCCAUGAAGCUAUACAAUAAAUUUCUGAAGCCUCAUGCAGGCUGUAUGCUGGCCCUUAAAGAAACUUGCUCUAUGGAUACCCUCACAAAGCAGAUAUAGCUAUACUUUAACUAACCACUUGGAGCACUUUGUUAUGGCUAAGAGAAAGAUGAUUCAUAAACCUUUAAGUCACUGAUUUUGUGUUUUGCAUAUCAUGCUUUGGUUUUCAUGGUAAUAGCACUUCUAAUCCUAAUCAAGCAAUACCUUGCUUUAAUUCAGAGUUGACCAAAGUACUCUCAAUUCUUCCUGAGCAUAAAAUAUGGUUAUGGCAAGGCAAGUAAUACUAUAAGCACUACUUCAAUCAUCAUAUUUUUCACCUUAUUGUAGAUGCUAACAGACCUCCUCAUGUCACCAGACUGUCUCAGAUUUAGAUAGUAUACUGUCCACCUUUUGCAUAAUUUGGCAUUGUAUUCACAAGGUAAUUUUAUUCAGUGACAACCUCUGAUAUUUAGGGAGCACACUGCAACAUUGUUAAUGGGUAGGACCUGUAGUUACUUCCAAAGUUGACAGUCUACUAGCACCUGAGUUAUGCACAAUUAUGCUAUCCCCUAAUUUUUAGCCUCAUUUUCCAUUUUUCUUUUUUUAAUUGCUGUAUGUACCUUCUGUCUGGAACAAAAGAUUUCUGAGAUAUCCUUGUCUUCAUGAAAAUAACCAUUAAUUUUUUUUAAGUCAGCACUUGUGAGAUAUUACAGUUUGUGGGCUCAUAAUUGUAAAAAAUUUUAACAUUUCUUGAUAUAAGAACCUUUAUAUCUACUGUGGCUAAAACUUACUUGCAAGUUUAGCGAAGUGGAUUCAUCUGGUGACCCAAGAAUGACUUUUGUAAUUGACACUCGGUAAACACAGUGCAUAUUCCAGCAGCAGUUAACAUCAGCUGGAAGUGCUUUACUCUCUCCAGCUCUGAUAAUAGAUAUAAUAUUAAGACUGUUUCAAUGUUAGUGUAGCUUAUCAGUUCAUGGUUAUGUAACAAAACAAGAGUAGUUUGGUUAUUUCUAAUUUCUUAUCACUGUGUAUAAGAUAUUACUGGCUCAUGAGUGGAAAGUUAUUGAACAUCAUAAAAACUACAUAAAAUAAUUAUUUCUUAUUUGUCAUGAAGAGAACAGUGGAAUAGACUCAUUCUAUAAGUCUAACCCCCAUAAAGUGAGAAGCUGAUGUAAAAAGCUUAUGAAGUGUAUUAUAAUGGCAGCUAUAUCUGGUGCUCUAUAAAGAGGGCUUCAGGGCAUUUUAAUUUUCCAUGUUUGAGAAAGAUAAUAAGUACUACGUACUCUGAUCUACUUAUUUUAGUGUUAGGGGUUCUGAGUCUUUGUAUAAAAAAGAGAAGUAGGAUAAGAUUACAUUUAGUCAACAAUUGAUGGUACAAAUGAUGUAGAAUACCAUUUAUUAAUGAAGCUUAUGUGUAGUUAUACACAGGAGACCGAAGGAGUCUUAUGUUCUGGAUUGCUGUAAUUUGUAUCCAAGGAAAAACUUAGUAUGUAUGACUAAUAGAGAGUGACUGAUUUCGUUUUUUAUAUUUUUACCAAAGUUCUUUACUGGUGUAGCACAAGUCAUUUUUGUGAAUUUUUGCCCUUUGUGUAAAGAUGGAUAAAACUGCUGGAGAAUAUUAAACCUCAAUUUAGGUAUUUAAGAAUUAUGUCUUUCAAGAAUAAAGUUAUGUUUAUUA